CGCAGUCGGCGCGUAAAGAUCGCAAAUUCAUCGCGCGCGCAAUUUUUGUCUUUUUUCAAAUCGGAAGCAAAAAAAAAACAAUAACCACUGUUGGUGAGCAACGGAUUACAAAUUGAAGCCAAUUGAAACGUUACCCAAAAAUGAAGCAAAUUAGCCUUUUUGGCAGGUGUGUGCAGUAAAUCAACACUAAUUGAGAUGGUGUUAGAUAAGUGGUUGAAGUAAAACUCUGGUGAACAAAAGUGAAUAGAAAAAUUUCGAAUGAAUAUCGGAACCUGCCAGCAACAACCGGCAGCAAAAUGGCGCAGAAAAACGACGACAUGUUUAUGAUCACCAGCAUUUGCCUAGCCGCAGCCAUACUCAUCUUUGCGUUCGUGUACUUUGUAAGAAAAUUCUUCCAGGGAGGCCAGUUCAAGAACAAAGACAUCCGGUUGGACGCAAAGGUGGUCAUCAUCACCGGUGCCAACUCGGGCAUUGGCAAGGAAGCAGCAAUAGAAUGCGCGAAACGAGGUGCCCGCGUCUACAUGGGCUGCCGAGAUCCCAACCGGAUGGAGAAGGCCCGCCAGGAGAUCCUGGACAAGUCCGGUAGUCAAAAUGUGUUCGGGUUGGACCUGGACUUAGCGUCGUUUGAGUCAAUUAGGAAAUUUGUUCAAACAUUUUUAAGUAUGGAGCGAAGAUUGCACGUUCUAAUCAACAAUGCUGGUGUGAUGGCCUGUCCUAAGGAUUACACUCGGGAGGGUUUCGAACUGCACUUUGGCACAAAUCAUUUGGGGCACUUCCUGCUAACGAAUCUACUGCUGGAUGUGAUGAAGAGGACUACCCCCUGUGGGAGGAUCGUGACGGUGUCUAGUUUUGCGUACAAGUGGGGUAACAUCAACAAGGACGACAUCAACAGUGAGAAGGACUACCACGAGUGGGAAGCCUACACCCAGAGCAAGUUGUGCAACAUCCUGUUUACGAGACAUCUGGUCCGGAAGUUGCGGGGGACCAAGAUCACCACCUACUGUUUGAAUCCGGGGACGAUCAACACCGAACUGACUCGGUAUUUGAACCGAUGCAUGAUGAUCGCAGCGAAACCGUUCCUGUGGGUGUUCUUCAAGUCGCCCAAAUCCGGUGCCCAGACGACACUGUACUGCGCCAUGGAGCCCACCCUGGCCGGGGAAACCGGCAAGUAUUACAGUGACUGUAAGCUCAAGGAGCUGGAACCACACGCCAAGGAUGAUGCAAUGGCCGAGUGGUUGUGGAACAUCAGCGAAAAGCUGACGGGACUGAAUCAUCAUCACCAUCAUCACCGGUGAACAACAACAGCCAAUCGGCUGUCGGAAGGAAGUCAGCUUUUUGCAUCAGACCUAUAAAUUGUGUGCUGGUGGAAGGCCUCCGCCGUGCUGAGGUUACUCCACGCGUUUAUUUCGUUAUCGUUAAGGAACUAUUAUAAAGUCAAAGUAAAGCAAAACUCAAUAAA